AUGCCAUGCAACAGAAUCCGCCUUCCACCCGGUGUGCGGGCGGUCGACGACGUGGAUGAAAUGCUUCUGGAAGCCGGCAUCAUCCCGACAUCGAUGAGGGGCAUCCUCACGGAUGACAAUGGAGACUUUCGCGAAGAAUUCCACUGUGAUGGAUGCAGUGACAGUGGUCAUUCCGACAAUGAGAGAGCUCCGGCCGGGAGGGCUCCCAUUGGGAGAGCACUCGGUGGUCGCAGGGGCAGGGAUAGGGUUGGAGACAAUUAUGGUUUGUGGGAUAUGGAUUUCGAUCCGCAUCCGCGUCGGCGUCGGUUCGGGGCUUAUGAUGACUUGAGUGAUGAUGAUAGGGAUGACUUGGGAGGUGCAAGGGGGUUUGAAGAUCUUGGUCCCCUGGACAGUGAUGAGGAUUUGGGAGGUUUGGGUGGGCUGGGUGCUCUGGGGGAGAGGGAAGGCAGGAUUAAUGGCCUGCGCGGAAAUCUGCGUAAUUGGGCUCGGGGAGAGUAUGGCAGAGGUGGAGCUGCGUUGGAUGCUGACCCUGUCGGCGGAGGUCCUGGAGCCAUGGGAGACCUAGGAGAUAUUGGUGGUGGUGCUGGCGGUGCUGCUGCUGCUGGCACCGGUGAUGUUGGCCACAGAGGUCGCCGUGGAAGACGCAAUAGACCACGCACAGGAGGAGGCCGAAGAGGCCGUCGCCACCGCAGCCCGGCCGACAGCUCCGAUUCUGGCUCUAUCAGAGAGCGGGCGGCCAGAGGGCUCGAAGGAGCUAUACGCCAAAACGAUCGCAACAGAAAUGCUCGAGGAGCUGGUCGCACGCGACGUCGACGUCGACACGGUGGUUAUGAUAGUGAUUCUGAUGACUCCUCUGACUGGAGUGAUUAUUACACUAACAUUAGCAUUUAG